AUUGUUCCAAACGAUGGAAAAGAAUCUCCUUCCACCAUCUUUCUCUCUGUCGUUAGUUUCUCUCCUUCCCUUUUCUUCUAAACCAAACACAAUGUUAACGAGAGAUGGCUUUAGCAAGAACGAGUGAUCAGAUUCUGGGUAAUUUGUCGUGUCUACCGUUACUCCUGUCUCUUGCUCCAUUUUCUAACAAUUCAAUUUAUAUUCGUAAAUCAUCAUAAUCAUAAUCAAAAUUUAAUCUUUUUUUAUGAAGUUUGAAGAUUUCAGUAACAAUCUCAAUGGGUACUGUUUCUGCUAGAUACCCAUUUCGAAUCCCUUUCCAUUCCCAAUCCCUAAAUCGCAGAUUGGAAUGUUCAAUCUCCCAAUUUCCCCUUCACUUCAACCUUUCCAGAAUCACCUUAUAUUCUGCUUCUGAGGGAUUAAUUCAUCGAAUUUGUGCACGACCUGAUAUUGAUGAUUUCUACUGGGAGAAAGUUCCAACGCCUAUUCUUGAUACGGUUGAAAGCCCUCUUUGCUUGAAGAACUUAUCUCUGAGGGAGUUGAAACAACUCGCUGCUGAAAUCCGUUUAGAUUUGUCUUCUAUUAUGUCAGGUACACCAAUCUCACUAAAUCCAAGUAUGGCUGUGGUGGAGCUGACAGUUGCAAUACAUCAUGUUUUUCAUGCUCCAGUAGACAAGAUAUUGUGGGAUGUCGGUGAUCAAACAUACGCUCAUAAGAUACUUACAGGAAGGAGAUCACUCAUGAAGACAAUCAGACAAAAGAACGGCCUUUCUGGUUUUACUUCUCGAUUUGAGAGUGAAUAUGACGCAUUUGGUGCAGGUCAUGGAUGCAACAGCAUAUCUGCUGGACUUGGAAUGGCAGUUGCACGGGAUAUUAAAGGGAGACGAGAACGUGUAGUUGCAGUUAUCAGCAAUUGGACAACUAUGUCUGGUCAGGUGUAUGAAGCAAUGAGCAAUGCAGGAUAUUUGGACUCAAACAUGGUGGUAAUUUUGAAUGAUAGCCGCCACUCUUUACUCCCAAAAAUUGAGGAGGGACAGAAAACCUCUGUCAAUGCCCUAUCUAGUACCCUUAGCAGGCUCCAAUCCAGUAAAUCUUUCCGGCGGUUUAGAGAAGCUGCUAAGGGUGUUACAAAACGUAUAGGCAUGGGCAUGCAUGAAUUGGCAGCUAAAGUUGAUGAAUAUGCUCGUGGUAUGAUGGGGCCACCAGGUUCUACUCUAUUUGAAGAGCUUGGGUUGUAUUACAUAGGUCCAGUGGAUGGACACAAUAUUGAAGAUCUAAUAAGUGUUCUUCAAGAAGUAGCUUCUCUGGAUUCGAUGGGUCCUGUCUUGGUUCAUGUGAUAACUGAUGAAAAUCAGGUUGAUGAACAGAAUAAAAUAAGUUAUAUAACAGACAAGCAGAUGGAAGAAUCUUUUAGUUCUGAUUUGUUAGGCAAUGCUGGUCGGCCUCAAACAUAUGGUGAUUACUUUGUGGAGACCUUGGUUGCCGAAGCUGAGAAAGACAAAGAUAUUGUGGUUGUUCAUGCAGGAUUCACAACGGAGCCAUCACUUGAACUGUUUCGGGAAAAAUUUCCAGAUAGGAUUUUUAAUGUGGGAAUUGCUGAGCAACACGCAGUGACGUUUGCUUCUGGUUUGUCAUGUGGUGGAUUGAAGCCAUUUUGCAUUAUACCUUCUUCUUUUCUACAGAGAGCCUAUGACCAGGUGGUUCAUGAUGUUGAUCAACAGAAAAUUCCAGUGCGUUUUGUCAUUACAAGUGCAGGAUUGGUGGGUUCUGAUGGUCCCCUCCAGUGUGGAGCAUUUGACAUAACGUUCAUGUCAUGCCUACCAAACAUGAUUGUCAUGGCACCAUCUGAUGAGGUUGAACUUGUGCACAUGGUGGCUACUGCUGCUCGUAUCAAUGACCGUCCAGUUUGCUUUCGGUAUCCUAGGGGUGCCUUGGUUGGGGAAGAUCACACUAUACAUGAUGGAAUCCCGAUUGAGAUUGGAAAGGGAAGAAUUCUUGUUGAAGGUAAAGAUGUUGCCUUACUGGGAUAUGGAUCAAUGGUUCAGAACUGUCUAAAGGCCCGUUCACUUCUUGCAAAACUUGGAGUUGAGGUGACUGUUGCUGAUGCAAGGUUCUGCAAGCCCCUUGAUAUCAAGCUUCUAAGGCAGCUUUGUAAACAUCAUUCUUUUCUAAUUACUGUCGAGGAAGGAUCUAUUGGAGGGUUUGGUUCCCAUGUUGCUCAAUUUAUUGCUCUUGAUGGACUUCUCGACGGAAGAAUUAAGUGGCGACCAAUUGUCUUACCAGACAGUUAUAUUGAACAUGCAUCACCAAAUCAACAGCUUGACCAAGCAGGGUUGACCGGACAUCACAUUGCUGCAGCAACAUUGAGUUUGCUGGGCCGUACCCGUGAAGCUUUAUCGUUUAUGUGUUUGUGACGAAGACGCUUCAUGUGUUGCAAUCUUAUGUAGUUUUGUUUUACAUUUCUGGUGUAAAAAGAGAUCAUGGAUGCCAUUUUAAUUUUAACUGUAUAUAUUGUACAGAAAUGAGUUAUGAGUGUCAAAUAGAAGGGAGGAAAAAGCUAAUAUAAACUGUGAUAGUCUAACAAAUCAUGAGUAUGAAUGUGGAUCUGGCAGCUCUGUUCAACUUAUCUUGCUAUGAGUCAGAGGAGUUAGAAUCUUGCAAUUUAAAAAUUGUUUAUCCAA